CGCCUGCAAUGAGUUACCACUACUAACCAUAUAUCAAGUGUCUCCUUCUGUAACCUUCUCUUAGAGAAAACGGAAGACAAACUUCUUUAAUUUCUCUUCAUUAAUCCUCUCCGAUUUCCAGUUCAUCCUUGAUUUUUUGCUAAUGGGUUGUGGUGCAACAUGUUGGCAAGUUCUUGUUUGUGUUACAUUUUGUUGUACAUUGGUUUUUGUUAAUGCCGAGGAUCCUUACAGGUUCUUCACCUGGAAUGUUACCUACGGUGACAUAUAUCCACUUGGUGUAAAACAACAGGGGAUUCUGAUAAAUGGACAAUUUCCAGGGCCGGAUAUCUAUUCCGUCACCAACAAUAAUCUCAUCAUCAAUGUUUACAAUAGCUUGCCGGAGCCAUUUCUCAUUUCUUGGAAUGGUGUCCAGCAAAGGAGAAAUUCAUACGAAGAUGGAGUAUAUGGAACGACAUGUCCAAUCCCUCCGGGCAAGAACUUCACUUACAUUUUACAAGUGAAAGAUCAGAUUGGCAGCUUCUACUACUACCCAUCUCUUGCUUUCCAUAAGGCAGCUGGUGGGUUUGGAGGCAUCAGGAUCCUUAGCAGGCCGCUAAUUCCUGUCCCAUUCCCUGAACCUGCUGAUGAUUUUACUGUUCUUAUUGGAGAUUGGUACAAGGCCAACCACACGGCAUUGAAGGCCAUUUUAGAUCGUGGUCACAAGCUUCCUCUCCCAGAUGGCAUCCUGGUCAAUGGCCGUGGACCCAAUCAGACAUAUUUCACAUUUCAACCUGGAAAAACUUACAGGCUCAGGAUAUCAAAUGUGGGGCUCCAACAUUCUCUCAAUUUUCGCAUUCAAGGCCACAAGAUGAAGCUAGUUGAAGUUGAGGGCACUCACACUCUUCAGACUACGUAUUCAUCACUGGAUGUCCAUGUCGGUCAAUCCUAUUCGGUGUUGGUCACAGCUGAUCAGACAGCUCAGGACUAUUACAUUGCUGUCUCUACUCGUUUCACCACCAAGAUCCUUACCACCACUGCCAUACUUCACUACAGCAAUUCUGCCAAAAAAGUGUCCGGUCCAAUCCCUGGUGGACCAACCACCGAAAUCGACUGGUCUCUUAACCAGGCUCGUUCAAUUAGGACAAAUCUGACAGCAAGUGGACCAAGACCAAAUCCACAAGGAUCAUAUCACUAUGGAAUGAUUAACCUUACCAGAACCAUCAAGCUAGAAAGCUCUGCAGCUCAAGUUAAUGGCAAGCAGAGAUAUGCAGUUAACAGCGUCUCAUUUGUUCCUGCCGACACCCCUCUUAAGAUUGCUGACUACUUUAAGAUCGGGGGUGUUUUCCGCGUCGGAAGCAUGCCAGACUAUCCAACCGGCAAGAAAAUGUACCUCGACACAUCUGUCAUGGGUGCCGAUUUCAGGGCCUUUGUUGAGAUCGUGUUUCAGAACCAUGAGAACAUUGUCCAGAGCUGGCACAUCAAUGGAUACUCCUUCUGGGUAGUCGGUAUGGAUGGAGGGGUGUGGACUCCAGCUAGCCGUAAUCAAUACAAUCUCAGGGAUGCGGUUUCGCGCUGCACGACUCAGGUGUAUCCCAAGUCAUGGACUGCUAUCUACAUUGCACUUGAUAAUGUUGGAAUGUGGAACAUCAGGACUGAAUUCUGGGCAAGACAAUACCUUGGUCAGCAAUUUUAUAUGCGUGUUUACUCACCGGUUGAGUCACCUCGAGAUGAAUAUCCAAUUCCCAAGAACGCCCUUCUUUGCGGGAGAGCCAUUGGCAGAAGAACCAGACCUCUAUAGAUGAACAGUACUGUUACCCCACUGUACAAGACCCUAACUCAGGGUCCCAUUCUUUGUUACAAAUAUUUGUAUUUGGUUAGCAGAAGAUGUUUCAUUUUUAUAAUAAUUAUGGAUGUCUUAUAUUCUUUUGUGAUGAA